CGAGUAAUUGAGUAAAAUUGUUUUCUCAAAAAACCCAAUAAAAGUUGGAGAAAUAAAAUCUGAUGCCUAGGGUUUUAUUAGGGGUUUUCCAUCCAUUUUCUGCUUCAGCAGUCAUCCAAUUCCCUCUCCGUCUCUCUUCUACGGCGGCGCAUACUAAGGUUACAAAUCGUUAACCAGAAACGGCGCAAUUCACGCCAGAAAUCUCUCAUCGACUCCCUUCUCUCACAGCAGCUGCUCCACACUUUCGACCGCCACUCUGUGUCUCCGUCCUUUCUCCUUCCCCUUCUCGUCUAACCCUCUCUCUUUUCAAUUUAAAGGUAAUUAGUUUGAAUCCAGCCUUCGUUAUUAUUUUCGAGGAUUGAGUUCUUCCUGAUGUUCUUAUGCGUACAACAAAUAGCUGUAAUUUUUAUCUCGAGAUAAGAAUUGCUUUUAUAUAAAUAUAUAGAGAUAUAGAUGUUUCUAGCUUCAUUGGAUGGUGAGUUUCCAAGGUGAACAACAGUAUUUUGCAAUGCUUAAGGAAGACAGAGCAAAGAGUUCGAUAAUGGUUCAGGGUCAAUUUUUUUUAAUACUUUAGUCGUUCAAAUUUCAAAUUAAGUUAUUGAGCUCAUCUAGUAGAUAAAUUCAUCAAUAGACUGCUGUACAAGAGCUGAUAGAUAUAGUAUAUUUUUUCUGAGUUGCUUAUAGUUUUUGGCAUCUUGAUUUAGGUUUUCAUUCUUGUCGGUAGUUGCUAUGUAGAGUUGGCUUGGUUGUAUUAGUAUCACUUAUUUUUUACCUCUGACUAAAUCUUGGCGAGGGGUAAUCUCUGCUUUCCAUUUUUUGUAAAUUUCUUGGCGUUAGAGGCAAGUAGGUAAUCUUUGCUUAUUGGAUCUUUGGAAGAUUGCUGAGUGAUGAUAUGCUGUAUCUUAGAGUAAUUGAAAAUAUUCUGGCUUCCAAUGUGAAGUUUGUUCUAAGCGUUGUUCUUUUCACUUCUUUUGCUUGUCACCAUGCCUGGUGCUGUUUUAGGUAUCUUGACAUCAUUGUUUUUUGGUUGCUGUAUAACAGGCCGUGUCGCAACAACGAUGAAGAACGAUCAACUAUUGAACAGUAGUGGAUCAGAUAUGGAAGAUGAUGAUCCUGUUGUUUCUGAGUCUGAGUCUGAGUCUGAAUCGGAUGAAGAUGGAGAUGUAAAGUUGAGUGAGCCUUCAAAGACUGCUAUAAAUAACAAAGCUGGCUUACUUGAUAAACUCGGAGAUAUCUGCUGGCCCGACAAUGUGGACUGGAUACACAAGUUGUCGCUUGAUAUUGAUCAAGAUCACGAGGUGAGUGUGAAUGAUGAUCUCAGUAGGGAGCUAGCUUUCUAUACACAGGCACUGGAGGGUGCAAGGCAGGCGUUUACGAAAUUUCAGACCAAGGAAGUGGACCUGCCUUUCCUCAGGCCAUCUGACUACUACGCUGAAAUGGUUAAAUCUGAUACGCAUAUGGAGAAGGUGAAGAGCCGCCUCUUAGCAGAGAAGAGAAAGAUGGAGGAGGCUGAGGAGAGGAGGAAGGCGAGGGACAACAAGAAGUUAGCCAAGGAGAUACAGGUGCAGAAGCAGAAGGAGAGGGCUAAACAAAAGAAGGAUGACAUAGAAUCUGUCAAGAACUGGAGGAAGCAGAGGAAGCAGAGUGGUUUUGCUGCAGGUGAUAAAGAUGGUGACCUGAGUUUAGCUUUUGAAGACGGGAAAGCAUUUGAGAGGUCGAGUAAGAAGAGGCCAGGAGUCGCCCCUUGGGAUCGUUCUGGAGGUAAGGCGAAACAAGGCGGUGGGAAGUGGAACAAGGGAUCUGAUAAAAAGAUGAAGGGCAGAGAACGCAAGGAUUCCAAAUAUGGAUUUGGAGGGAGGAAAGGACUGAAAAAGCAGAACACGGCUGAGACCACCGAGGAUUUCAGAGGUUAUCGUAAAAGCAAUAAGAAACAAAAAGUAUGAGAAAAUGAGUUGGAGCCCAUUGUAUUGCCUAUUUCUGAUGACUUCUUGUGGCUGCUUUUUAGCUUCUAAAUUUUGUUUGACACUUUAAUUCCGACUCUUUUGAAGCAAGAGUAUUACUUUUUUGUUGUGGCAAUAUGAAUAUGCGUUUUGUUUGUU